CUGUGCCCUGCUCCGCCCCGCCGCAGAUGGGUUCUCCCCCAUCCCCCUUGCCGUUGGUUCGCUCCCUCUCCCGCCUGGGAACCGGCGCGAGGGGACCGGCCGCGUUCGCCGCCGCCAUUUUAGGUGCCGCUGGCGGGGCGCCGCGCUGCCAGGCGGGGGAGGGAGGGAGGGGAGGAGGAGAGAAAAAGAGAGCGGAGUGGGGCAGCGCAACGCUUCUCCUCCCUCCUUCUCUUCCUCCUCCCUCUUUCUCCUCCUCCUCGGGGCCGAGCCGAGCCCUCCGCCCGGCGCAGAGCGGAGCCCGGACCAGCGGGGGCGCCACAGCCGCCCCGCCAGCCGGGGCUGCGCGCUGCCCUGCCCCGCUCUGCGCUGCCAUGCCGCCGUCGUGCUGCCCGGGAAUGCUGCCUUCGGUGCCGGCCGCCGCCUGCUUGCUGCUGGCCGCGCUGCUCUGCGGAGGAGCGGAAGCCGCUCGAGUUAACAAACAUAAGCCAUGGAUUGAGACAACCUAUCAUGGUAUAGUUACAGAGAAUGACAACACAGUGCUCUUGGACCCCCCUUUAAUAGCCCUGGACAAAGACGCACCUCUGCGAUUUGCAGAGAGUUUUGAGGUGACAGUCACCAAAGAAGGUGAGAUUUGUGGAUUUAAAAUUCAUGGGCAAAAUGUUCCCUUUGAAGCAGUGGUAGUGGAUAAAUCCACUGGUGAGGGAAUAAUACGCUCUAAAGAAAAGCUUGACUGUGAGCUCCAGAAGGACUACACCUUCACCAUCCAGGCUUAUGAUUGUGGAAAGGGACCAGAUGGAGCCAAUGCAAAAAAAUCCCACAAGGCAACAGUCCAUAUCCAGGUGAAUGAUGUCAAUGAGUACGCUCCUGUGUUCAAAGAGAAGUCGUACAAAGCAACUGCUAUUGAAGGGAAGAGGUAUGACAACAUCCUCAAAGUGGAAGCAGUGGAUGCAGAUUGUUCACCACAGUUCAGCCAGAUCUGCAGUUAUGAAAUUGUAACUCCGGAUGUACCUUUUGCUAUUGACAAAGAUGGUUACAUAAAAAACACAGAAAAGUUAAACUAUGGCAAAGAACAUCAGUACAAACUGACAGUAACAGCCUAUGACUGUGGGAAGAAGAGAGCUGCUGAGGAUGUGCUGGUUAAAAUUAGCGUUAAGCCUACAUGCAAGCCUGGCUGGCAAGGUUGGAGCAAAAGAAUAGAAUAUGAGCCUGGUACUGGUUCCUUAGCUCUCUUCCCUGGCAUGCGUUUGGAGACGUGUGAUGAGCCCAUAACCUCUGUUGAAGCAACAGUUGAACUAGAAACCAAUCACAUUGGGAAGGGCUGUGACAGAGACACCUACUCAGAGAAAUCCAUUCACAGACUCUGUGGUGCUGCUUCUGGCACAGUCGAGCUGCUUCCCCCUCCAAGUAGUGCUGCUAACUGGACAAUAGGACUGCCUACUGAUAAUGGUCAUGACAGUGACCAAGUGUUUGAAUUUAAUGGUACACAAGCUGUGAAGAUUCCAGAUGGUGUUGUCACAGUCAAUCUAAAAGAGCCCUUCAUGAUUUCAGUGUGGAUGAGGCACGGGCCUGGAACCAAAGAGAAAGAGACAAUUCUGUGCAAUUCAGACAAGACAGAUAUGAACCGGCACCACUACACGCUCUACGUGCACAACUGCCGCCUUGUUUUCCUCUUCCGCCAAGAUCCUUCAGAGGGAAAAACUUACAAACCUGCUGAGUUUCACUGGAAACUCAAUGAAGUGUGUGACAAAGAGUGGCAUCAUUACGUCCUCAAUGUCGAAUUCCCUGCAGUGACACUCUAUGUAGAUGGUGUUUCCUAUGAUCCUUUCCCAGUGACUGAAGAUUACCCGCUUCAUCCUUCAAAGAUAGAAACACAGCUAGUAGUUGGAGCAUGCUGGCAAGACUAUACAGGAAAUGAAAAUGACAAUGAAACUGUGCCUGAGACCUCUGCAGGUGGUGAACUCCACAUGGCUCAGUUCUUCCGAGGCAAUCUGGCAGGUUUGAUGAUUCGUUCUGGCAAACUGGAGAACAAGAAGGUGAUUGAUUGCCUGUACACUUGUAAAGAGGGCCUGGAUCUGCAGAUGGCUGAUGGCACUGGCAAGGGUGUGAAGAUCCACAUGAAUCCAAGUCAGUCAACAGUGAGCAUAGAGGGGGAUGACAUUGACAGAGUUGACAAGGCCAUGCAGCACAUUUCCUACCUGAAUUCUCGCCAGUUCCCAACACCUGGCAUUCGGAGGCUUAAAAUCACCACUGAUGUCAAAUGUUUCAAUGAAGAUGCCUGUGUCUCCAUCCCUUCUGUGGAGGGAUAUGUCAUGGUGCUGCAACCAGAGGAGCCAAAAAUCAGCCUCAGUGGCAUCAACCAUUUUGCUCGCUCUGCUUCCGAGUUUGAGAGCUCUGAGGGCGUUGCCCUCUUCCCUGAGCUGCGCAUCAUAAGCACCAUUACACGGGAGGUGGAGCCCGAGGGGGAUGGAGAUGAAGAUCCUACAGUGCAAGAGUCUUUGGUAUCUGAGGAGAUCAUGCACAACCUGGAUACAUGUGAGGUGACUGUGCUAGGAGAGGAGCUAAACCAGGAACAGGAAAGCCUGGAGAUUGACAUGACACGAUUGCAGCAGAAAGGCAUUGAGAUGAGUAGUUCCAACCUGGGCAUGAUAAUCACAGGGGUUGAUACCAUGGCUAGUUAUGAGGAAGUUUUGCAUUUGAUACACUACAGGAACUGGCACACAGUUUCCCUCUUUGACAGGAAGUUCAAACUAGUCUGUUCUGAGCUUAAUGGACGCUAUGUCAGCAAUGAGUUCAAAGUGGAGGUGAAUGUUAUCCACACAGCUAACCCAGUUGAGCACGCUAAUCACAUAGCUGCACAGCCACAAUUUGUUCAUCCCGUGCAUCACACAUUUGUGGAUCUCUCUGGUCACAACUUGGCUAACCCUCACCCAUUUUCAGUUGUUCCAAGCACAGCCACUGUGGUGAUUGUGGUUUGUGUCAGUUUCCUGGUUUUUAUGAUUAUCCUGGGAGUGUUCCGGAUCCGAGCCGCUCAUCAGAGAACGAUGCGUGACCAGGACACUGGAAAGGAGAAUGAGAUGGACUGGGAUGACUCUGCUUUGACCAUCACUGUGAACCCCAUGGAGACCUAUGAGGAUCAACACAGCAGUGAAGAGGAAGAGGAGGAAGAGGAAGAAGAAAGUGAAGAGGGGGAAGAAGAUGACAUCACUAGCGCAGAGUCUGAAAGCAGUGAGGAGGAAGAGGGAGAGCAGGAGGAGGACCAACAGAAUGUGAAUAGACAGCAACAGCUGGAAUGGGAUGACUCUACCCUCAGUUAUUGAUUCUAGCUGUCCCCUCUGUCUUUGUUUCUGCUCUAGAAGACUCCACUCUAACUCACUCCAUUGUUACCAAGGAUUCAUGGUGUUCCAAAACAAAACAAAAAUCAUUCUGGCCAGUAGAUCCCACCCCCACACAUCCCAGUGUUUGUGUUCUGUCGGCUAGUUCCUGAUGCUGUUCCUAGAGUUGUAGUUAGCACUUUUCCUUCAGCCAUGCCUCAGUGACUGGAUUCUUUUUUUUCACACUCUGUGAGGAACCACCUUGCACUUUUGUUUGGUUUUUUUUUUGCCCUUCUUGUCAUCUCAGCUAAGUGACUCUACAGCUCUGUAGCCAUUGCACAUCAAUUUCUGAACUGUCUGGUUUGGGUUUUCUUGCUCAGUGAAACAAACUUGGCUUUGAUCUUUUUUUCCUCUUCCUUAAAAGACGCAAAGAUUGCUUGUUGACAAAGGGUAAAGCUGCUCAUUUCAGCCUGUUCGGUUCUUUUUAGUUCUUCUUUUCCCCCCCUCCCAGAAAUUAGUGCAUGUGUAAAGUGGCAGAAUGAGGUUAAUAUGUAGAAGAUUAACAGACUUUUUAAUAUUUUGUAAAUAUACUGGAAUUCUGUAAUUAUGUCAUUUGUGGUAGUGCAAACAGGGAUUGGGGGUUUAAAACCUGCUAAAGUAAAAACAACAAAAAACAGCUACUAAUCAUGCAGCAUGAAAUAGUACAAGUCUCAUACUACUGCAGCAGGA